UGAAUCUGCGAAUAACUACAACCCUUAAACUCUAGCGGAUGGCUGUUGGCUGCUUCAACUCGUGCAUUAUUUUGUUAAGUGUGUUGUUAUUGCUUUGGUUCGUUAUGAAGACAUCACAUGAAAAAAACUCCAAGAUGUUCUAACACAUUGAAAAAGAGUCAACUUUCAGACGUCAUCAUGUCAGACCACAAGGAAAUAGUGGCCAAACCUAAAGAAGAGCGCAAAGUUUUUAGAGCACCUGUAAGGUCUGUUAACAAGAUUCCAGAUGAUAUAAUGAAUAAUCCAGAACUCAACCUAGCAAUUAAUGCAUUGCCAAAGAAUUACAACUUUGAAGUUCACAAAACAGUGUGGAGAAUUCGACAUCUUGGGUCAAAGCGAGUUGCUCUUCAAAUGCCAGAGGGCUUGCUAAUGUUUGCGACUACCAUUUGUGAUAUCAUUGAAAACUUCACUGAAGCAGAUACUGUCAUAAUGGGUGAUGUUACGUAUGGAGCUUGCUGUAUCGAUGACUACACUGCUAGAGCCUUAGGAGUUGACCUAUUGGUGCAUUAUGGGCAUAGUUGUCUUAUCCCAAUAGACCAAACAGGAGGCAUUAAAGUUCUUUACAUAUUUGUUGAUAUUAAAAUUGACAUUCUUCAUUUUCUGGAGACGGUUCAGAAGAACUUCGGUACUUCAUCUAAACUGGGUAUUGUCAGUACUAUUCAGUUUGCUACGACUCUUCAUGCUGCUGCUGGUAAGCUGAGGGAAUCAGGUUACUCUGUGUCUGUUCCUCAAUCAAAGCCUCUCUCUCCUGGAGAAAUAUUAGGUUGCACAUCACCUAAAAUGAAUGAUGUGGACAUUAUCAUCUACCUUGGAGAUGGAAGAUUUCAUCUAGAGUCAGCAAUGAUAGCAAAUCCUGCACUUAGAGCUUUCCGAUAUGAUCCGUAUGAAAAAAAAUUUACUGAAGAGUUUUAUGAUCACUUAAUAAUGCGGAAGCAGCGAAGUGAGGCCAUUAAUUUUGCUAGUAACCAAUCUCGGUUUGGACUUAUUCUUGGUACCCUUGGUAGACAAGGAAGUACAAGAGUGUUAGAAAAUAUACAGAAAGACUUACAGAAUCUCAAUAAAGAGAGUGUAAUAGUUCUACUUUCUGAAAUAUUUCCUGAAAAAAUUAAGCUGUUUUCAUCUGUUGGAGCUUGGGUACAAGUAGCAUGCCCCCGACUUUCCAUUGACUGGGGUACUGCUUUUCCCAAACCCUUACUUACGCCAUAUGAAUGUGCUGUGGCCCUUGGUAAUGCAAGAGCUGAAUGGCAGACUGUUGGGGUUGACAAGGCAAAUUAUCCCAUGGAUUUUUAUGCUUCAAGUAGCCUUGGACCCUGGACUCCCAACUACAAACCAUGUUGUGAUAAAAAGGAGGGUGAUUGUGCAAAACAGGCUGUCCCAAUAAAUAAAUAAUUCAAAUCAGUUUUUGAUGAAAACUACUGUGAUUAUCUAUCUAAUGCAUUUUGAUAAGGAUUAAGGAAAUUAAAAGGAUUACAAUUUA